GUAGUGCAGCAGCAGCAGUAGUAGUGCAGCAGCAGCAGUAGUAGUGCAGCAGCAGCAGUAGUAGUGCAGCAGCAGCAGUAGUAGUGCAGCAGCAGCAGUAGUAGUGCAGCAGCAGCAGUAGUAGUGCAGCAGCAGCAGUAGUAGUGCAGCAGCAGCAGUAGUAGUGCAGCAGUAGUAGUGCAGCAGCAGCAGUAGUAGUGCAGCAGCAGCAGUAGUAGUGCAGCAGCAGCAGUAGUAGUGCAGCAGCAGCAGUAGUAGUGCAGCAGCAGCAGCGUAAAAGCAGUAGUAGUGUAGCAGCAGCAGUAGUGUAGCAGCAGCAGCGUAACAGCAGGAGUAGUAGUGUAGCAGGAGUAGUAGUAGUGUAGCAGCAGGAGUCAUGUAGCAGCAGCAGCAGUAGUAGUGUAGCAGUAGUAGUAGCAGUGUAGCAAUAGUAGGAGGAGUAGUGUAGUGGUGUAGCAGCAGGAGUAGUAGAGUAGUAGUGUAGCAGCAUCAGUAGCAGCAGCAACACCAACACCAGCAUCACCACCACAACAACAACAUCAUCAUCAUCAUCCCGUGCCCGCGAUGAACCCCGUGGCGAGCACCGACGCGGACGAGAAGAAGCAGCUGUGGGACUCGGACGAGGUGCGUGCCUUGCUGUCUCUGUGGGGCGAGGCGGGCGUGCAGGCCGCGCUGGAGGCAUCCGUGCGGAACGAGAGGGUGUACGCACGCAUCUCGGCUGAGUUGAGAUGCUCGGGCAUCAUCCGCAGUCCCAAGCAGUGUCGCGAGAAGGUGAAGAAACUGAAGCAGGAGUACAAGAGGCUCAGCGAGGCGGCGGCUGCCGGUCGCAAGCGGAGCCGACAUUAUCAGAUGCUGGACGCAGUGAUGGGCCGUGGUGGUGGUGGUGGUGGCUGUGGUGGUGGUGGUGUCCGUGGUGGUGGUGUCGGUGGGGUUAAGCAAGAACAGCAGCAGACUCAUCAUCAACAGCAAGAACAGCAGCAUACUCAUCAUCAGCAGCAGCAGGAUCAUCAUCAACAGCAGCAGAAUCAUCAACAGCAGGAUCGUCAUCAUCAACAGCAGCAGAAUCAUCAUCAGCAGCAGAAUCAUCAUCAAGAGCAGCAUCAUCAUCAGCAGGAUCAUCAUCAGCAGGAUCAUCAUCAGCAGGAUCAUCAUCAUCAGCAAGAUCAUCAUCGGCAAGAUCAUCAUCAGCAAGAUCAUCAUCAGCAGCAACAGCAGGAUCAUCAGCAGCAGCAGCAGCUUCAAGAGAUGGUGGAGUCUCAAGAAUCUGAGGACGCCUCGUCCGUCCACUCGGACGGCAGUGUUCUAAUCGAGGAUGUCCAUGACGGCACAUCGACCCCGCAAGCCGGACACUCGUCAGCGGUAAACCCGGGGUUGACGAGUCUCAAGACACUGCAGGCCAAAAAGCGAAAAAGGGACGCGCCAGACUCGGUCGCGGAACUGGCGAAAUGCAUGCGGGAAUCUGACGAAAGGUACAUGGAGUUCCUCCGUCAAGAAAUGCAGGCCGACCGGGAGCUUAAAGAACGGCAGAUGAACCUGGACCGCGACCAGCGGGAACGGGAAACGGAAGUGUCGGCCUACGUCAACAGAGAACUGAUCUCCGUUCUGAAACAACUUGGGCACGCGCUCCUAGCAAGGGAGGCAAGGGAUCUGCCUUUGGAUUGAGGAGAGUUUGUUUUCAUUUGUCAAUGUGUUUCUUCCGUGCGUGCAGGUUGUACAUGAGAACAAACGCAUAAUCGUGGCAUGCUCUUCCCCCCCUCCAUCGCAGCUUAAAUAGUCGCUCCAAGCCUGGGGUGUGUCAUUCAGACUCUGUCUUCUCGACAGACCUGUUCUCCACCUGAGGACGGCUGCUUGCGUUGUGGCCGAAACGUCGUGAGAAUUAUUUUAUUAUGUUGUAUUUUUAUUUUUUUAUUAUUUCCAUUCUACGUGACUUUACCGAAAGAACCAAGAAGAUGAAUCCCCGCAGUCACGAAAGCUUUAAAUCUAAAUGUACAGGGUGCUUCAAAAAAAGUUAACAUUUACAUGGGACUGUUUUUAAUGGAAAAAACGGAUAAUGCACUAAUAUAAUAACAAAUGUGUGUUAAAUUUUGAUUUAAAGCUUUCGUGACUGCAGGGAUUCAUAUUCUUGGUUCUUUCGGUAAAGUCACGUAGAAGGGAAAUAAUAAAAUAAUAAAAAUACUAAACAAUACAAUUCUCACGACGUUUCGACUGCAACACAAGCAAUCAUCAUCAGGUGUGAAAUCCACAGCACUAACUGCUACACUACCG